AUGACUCACCUGCUGUGGAAAUACUACUGGGAGGACGAUGUCGACAGGUUCCGUCGCCUGCUCUCACCCGCGGGCCAUGGUUCCAGCUUAGGUUCGGGAGGUUCGGGGAGUUCAGGAUACAGCACAUCUCCUCGCAAUGUGACCAAGUCGCGCAAGAUCCCCGGAGCUGCAGGGGCAGGCUCGGGAAAUGCGCGUCAUGGUCAGGCCGUUCUUGGGCGUGCCGAGGUCAACAGUCGCGAUCAUGCCGGUCUCACCAUCCUGUUGCGCGCCGCUUCUUCUACUGCUGCCAACGCCAUCGAGUUCGUCAAGGCCCUGCUCGAACACCCAGCCAUCGAUAUUUACGUACAGGAUCCCGAGAGUGGCUGGAAUGCACUUCACCGGGCGUUGUAUGCGGGUAACAUCUCAAUUGCUCGGCUUCUCCUCGAGAAGGAACGCAAUGACUUGGCCCAGGGUCACCAUGGCGCUUUGAACAGGGUCGGUCAGCUCAUCAAGACCAAGGACCACGAGGGUAACAGCCCCUUCGACCUAUACAGUUCGACCAUCGGGGAGCGGUGUCUCAGAGAUACGGCGGAGCAUGAGAAAGAGGACGGCUCUGAGAGCGACCCGGGCGACUCCACCUCGGAUACUCCUGUGCACCCCAACAAGGUUCCGACCGCCCUAGGAGAAGAUCUCUACGCAUUCGGCAGCAACAAGAACCUAUCGCUGGGUUUCGGUGACGAAGAUGACCGCCAGUACCCAGAGCGUGUGGUCCUGAAGCGUCCCGAGCACCUCUUACGACGGUUCUACCGCGAGUACCUGCAAUCGAUCGGCGAAGAAGAGCCUGCCACAUUGGACCUGGACAAGAUUCCUACCUUGGUGCGAAAUCGGCCUAUCGAGAUUCAAGACGUUGUGUUGUCGAAACUGCACAGUGCUGUGCUGACCACGGACCCGGUGUCCAACCUCUAUGUUUGUGGCAUCGGCCGUGGUGGGCGCUUGGGCCUUGGAGACGAGAACACGCGCUUCACUUACACCCCCAUUCAGGGGCCGCUGGCCGACAAGAGGAUCGUCCAGGUUGCCCUAGGUCAAAAUCACACUAUGGCCAUUGAUGACACAGGGGCGCUCUGGACUUGGGGCAGCAAUGCUCAGCAUCAACUGGGGUAUACUCUCCCCGAGCCGGCGAAGAAGGACGAAGACCCCAUAAGCACGGUCCCUCGCCAGGUAUUUGGGCCCUUGAAAAAGGAGGUCAUCAUUGGGAUUGCCGCUUCUUCGAUUCACUCCGUCGCUCACACUGGCUCCUCGCUGUAUUGCUGGGGUAAGAAUGUGGGCCAAUUGGCCUUGAUGGACGCUGAUUCUAGGUCUCUCGAGUACCAACAAACGCCAAGGAAGGUCGCCACGUCCCUAUUCUCAUCCCCCAUCGUUAUGGUCACAGCUAUCGACAAGGCGACGACAGUCCUGCUUCAAAACCACACCGUUUGUGUCUUCACUGCAUAUGGCUACCACAUCGUGAAGUUCCCGUUUACGAGCCUAGACAUGGUCGGCAAUAUCAAGUUAUCGACGCGGUACCAACCUGGAUGGAAUCAGAUUUCCUACAUUACGUCGGGAGGAGAGACCAUCGCGGCUCUCUCAAGGCGUGGCGACCUGUUCACGAUGAAUCUCGAUCAUAAAGUUGACACCAAUAACACCGCUUCAUCCACAACGAACCCAUCCAAGAUUAAGAAUGCUGUCACGCCGCCGCAGUGCAUCUGGCACGCAAGGCAUGACGGUGUUCGCUCCGUUGGUGUGGGCGAGCAUGGCUCUGUCAUCAUCAGUACCGAGUCUGGUGCGGUCUGGCGGCGGAUCAAACGCAAUAAGGCCAAGGACACAACCACGUGUGCGUCGGACUACAAGCAAAAAGAUUUCAAGUUCCAACGUGUGCCGUGCAUCAGCAAGGUCUCAGCCGUUAGGGCCUCAGCAUUCGGCACCUUUGCUGCCAUCCGCAAGGACUCGGACAUUAUGAAGGAACAACUGAACGUUGGCAAGCAGACGCUAUGGGAGGAUGUGGCAUCAUUCAAUUGUCUCAACGGCUUCCAAGCAUCCGAGUUGAAGGAUCCAGCAGAUGAGAUCCGGAAGUUUUGGGAGAACCCCAGCAUCGAGGAGCGCAUCGGGUCUGUGGCGUAUGAAGUGCUCAAAUCUUCCACGCUGGAGAGGGACUUGGCAAAGUACAUCAACUCAUGGACCUACCGGAAUAAACCGUUGGAUGUAGCGGUCUGCACGUCUUCGUCGCCUGACAUCAAGAUCCCUGUCCACGGUUGGCUGCUGUCUGCUCGUAGCCCUGUUCUGCGAAGUGCGCUUUUCCAGUUCCGCAAGGCGGGGUCAUACACCCACGAGGCAUUCAGCAUCACCAAUGUCAAUGGCCAAGCCAUCGUCUGCUUCCAGGGCUUGGACUUGAUCUCGCUGCUGAACCUCAUCCUCUUUGCCUACGAGGACAAGGUCAUCCCGGCAUGGAACUUUACGGGUCUUGUUCGGUCGCUGGCCUACCGCUACCGCCAGAUUCGCCAGGAGGUUAUGAGACUUGCCACGCGCCUCGGCAUGAACGCUCUUGAGGCGGCUGCCAGAUCACAGGUGGAUGCCAAGAAGACUAUGGACCAAGACUUCCGGCUGGCCAUAAAGGAUGAUCGCUACUUCGCUGAUGGCGAUGCUCUUAUUGAGUUAGACGGUGCCGAGGUCCCGGUACACAGCUCGUUUGUCUGCGCCCGGUGUCCCUGGUUCGAGGGUCUCUUCCAUGGUCGGUCUGGCGGCAUGUGGUUGGACAGUCGCCGGCAGUCGGACACAGAGAAGAUUCGGAUCGACCUGAAGCAUGCGGAGCCAAAGGCUUUCCAGUAUGUGGUGCGUUAUCUUUACAGCGACUGUGGCUCCGAGCUAUUUGACGAUGCCGUGUGCGACUCGUUUGACGACUUCCUGGAUCUUGUGAUGGAGGUCAUGUCGAUUGCCAACUAUCUUAUGUUGGAUCGGCUGUCGCAGAUUUGUCAGAAAGUCAUGGGCCGGUUCGUGACCGUCCGGAAUAUUGCGCAUCUCUUGAACGCCAUUAGCCCUUGCUCAGUCACGGAGUUUAAGGAUGUCGGGCUGGAGUAUAUCUGCCUGCAGCUUGAGACGAUGUUGGAGAAUCACCUGCUCGACGAGCUGGAUGAAGAUCUUUUGCUUGAGCUGGAUGAGGUUGUCAGGGAUAACCAACUUGCCCAGUCACCGUUUGCCAGAAGCGGCAGGGCCGAGGAGCUGCUCCACGAGACCUACCCCUGGUUGGCUGAGGAGAUUCUGGAAGAACGGCAGAUCCGGAUCAAGGAGAUGGCAUACAAGGCACAUAGGGAAGAGGAGAGGCGACAGUCGAUUGCCAAAGGCAGAUGUGGCAGCUUUGAGGAAGCCAGUCCCGUUACGCCAACUCCGGAUAGAGUCAGGAAGCCGUCGCGGAUUGACCUUACUGAGCCGUCAAGUCCUAGUCUCCGGGCUAAGUCAUCCCAAGGUGAUCUGAUGUUCAAGAUGGACGAGGAUACCUCGCCAUUGUCCAGUCCCGUGCUGAGACCUCGGAAAUCCGUUGAAGCAUCACCGGCCUUGGAUCAAGCUCCUACCUCUCUCGGCAGUUCAUGGAAGGUGACAGGCAAGAAGAUCCGUCUCAGCCUCGCCCCCUCACCGCCAGCCAGCCCAACGGUUGCCAAAUCCAUACCCAACUCUGCCGGCCCCGAUUUGGCUCCCUCGACUCCAGCUAAGACUGGCAAGCCUUGGGGAGAGACCGUGACCCCAGUGUCCAAACUAGAUCUCCGCGAAAUUCUCCAGUCUCAGGCGGCUACCACCAAGCAGUCAGCCCUCUCGGCCGGGCUGACGGCUCAGAAGACACAGGAAGUUACGCCUAAGCACACUCCAACAAAGCUGUCCCAGAAGGAAAAGAAGCGACAGCAGCAGGCCGCUUUGGCAGCUCUACAGGCAGCUAAAUCUAGCCCCCAGCAGCCGCAGAACCCAUGGUCUAACGACUCCUUAAAGCCGUCACCCUGGAAGCAGAUUUCGUAUGGCAAACCUGCGCAGCCUGCGAAACCUGCUACCGCUCCAGCGGCUGAACCCGUGUCAGGUUCUCCUACAGUCCCUAAAAUUGUUGCCCCUGACGCAGGCCCAGCUGCGAAGCCGACGACUCCUCUCCCACGCCGUACCGCCUCCCCCGAUACACGCUUCGCAGGCCAGCCUCGUAGCAGCCCUGCCGCCACAACAAGACCAGGAACCUCGUCUACAACCCCCUCGCGACCUUCCCAAUCAUCUGUAUCCUCAACAACCCCUAUAGUUCCUCACUCAAGAGUCUACAUCCCCCGCCCGUCCCAAUCACGCGAGCCCGUGCUGGGCCUCAGCCUAGAGGACAUCAUCUCUGAGCAGUCCCGCGACAAACAGAUCGUUCGCGAGGCGGUAGCCAAACGGUCUCUACAAGAGAUCCAGCAGGAGCAGGCCUUCCAGGAGUGGUGGGAUGCUGAGAGUAGGCGGGUGCAGGCUGAAGAGGAGAGGAGACGACUUGAGAGGGAACGCAGAGAAAAAGAGAGGGAGGAGCAGGAACGGAGACGGGAAAGAGAGGGGAAGAGGUGGGGACGGGGGAGGGGCCGUGGCGGUGGGGGUAAUAAUAACGAGGGGCAUGGAGAGAGGGAUGGGAAUGGGAAUAGGAAUAGGAAUGGGAAUGGGAAUGGGAAUGAGAAUGGGAAUGAGAAUGGGAAUGGAAAGGGGACGCAGCAGAGGGUGAAGAAGUUGAGUUUGAGGGGAGGAAGGGAGAAGAGUAAAGGGCGUGGUGGCGGUUCUGGGGGGGCGCGUGGGGCUGCCGCUGCUUCGGGGAGGGAAAUGGAGACGGUGCAGGUUGCUGCUGGCGCUGGAGGGGGGAAUUGA